CCCGCCCGCCCCGCCCCCCUCUCUCUCUCGCGCUCCUCUCGCGCGUUCUCUCCCUCUCCAUCCACCGUUAAGCUCUUUAGGCUACUUUGCGCAUGUACGGCCAGUCAAAUCGAGCAUUGCAUCGACUCCAAGAUGGCGAAAGCAUGUCUGGCUUGGCUCCUGACUCUCCUCUCAACUCACUGUUACUUCAGCGUGUUGGCAGUGGUGCUGAGAACAACGGAAAACUCGCCGUGGACGGAUGAGUUCAACAAGGUUGAGUUGUCGUGUUUGAUCGACUCCAUUUCGACAACUACCCCUAGAAUUGAAUGGAAAAAGAUAACGAAUGACGGACCAAGUUACGUGUACUUUGACAAGAAGAUCUCAGGAGACCUGGAGAACAGAGCUGAGAUCCGAGCACCAGCCACGUUAGUCAUAACUAACGCCACGCGGUCGGACACAGCCAAAUACCGCUGCGAGGUCACAGCCGCCGAUGACCAGAAAUCGUUUGAUGAGAUUGUGAUUGACCUGACUGUAAGAGUUAAGCCAGUGGUGCCAAAAUGCAGCGUCCCGAAAUCUGUGCCUUUUGGGAAGUCAGCUGAGUUGAGCUGUGUGGAGGAGGAGGGAUUCCCCAAGUCCCAGUACCAGUGGUUCAAGAACCGGGAGGAGAUUCCCGACGACCCCAAGUCCAACGUCAAGUUCCUCAACUCCUCGUACACGCUGAGCGCAGAAACAGGAACCCUGAAGUUCAUUUCGGUCAGAAAAGAAGAUGCAGGCGAAUAUUACUGCCGAGCCAAGAAUGAUGCAGGUUACGCUGAGUGUCCAGCACAGACGAUGGAAGUCUAUGAUAUUGACGUUGUGGGGAUUAUCUUGGGAGUGCUGGUGGUGGUCAUGGUCCUCUUGUGCAUCACUGUGGGCAUCUGCUGUGCAUACAAGCAAGGCUACUUCUCUAGACAGAAACAGACAGGGAACAAUUACAAGGUUCCAAGUAAAGGAGAUGGAGUGGAUUACGUCAGGACAGAGGACGAGGGCGAUUUCCGACACAAGUCGUCAUUUGUGAUCUGAGGAGCUGGUGUCAGCGAAGAGCUGAAUGAGAGACGUGACACGAGGCCCGUGCUCCAUCAACACCGUCUGACCACCUUUCAGGCCCGGGGCUCACACCGGGACACAAACCUACCACUACAACUACUCAAAUUUGCCAAAGGUGACAGGAUUUUACAGGACAACUUUUACACAUUUUAGGGAGUGAGACAUCUUUGGCGACUUUCAGCUGAGCAGGGUUACUUUAAAGUUACUGCAUGUUUAAGAGUAAUCAAAGCAACAUUUGUUUUGCUGGGUAGAAAAGGAGUCACCUCUGCUACCAACCAGUCAACCAUGAUGCAUUUCUACUGUAAACUUUUAGCUUCAAACCUUUUGUUAUUUGUAUAACAUUUCUUUUCUACUGUUGGAAUUUGUCUGACUAUUUUUGAUGGAAUAUAUUUUAAAAUGCCUAUAGAUAAAGGUUUACUUUUUUAAAUAUUUGUAAGAUACUAAUGUGCUUUUUUGUUUAGUUCUGUUUGUUUGGUUGUGUUGACAUUUACACCUUCAGUCAGAGAAAAAGACAAAAUGAUGAAAAGAACCUGUUAGCAUAUCAAGAUGUGCUUCUUGAUCGGCGGUCUUACAUAUUCAAUUUCUCAGCUUUCUGUUGUGAGAGACUUCCAUGUUACUGUUUGUAGAUAGUCUUAGUAAGAGGCUUUGUACGAGUGCCAGUCGAAUGCUGUGAAACACUGUACACCAUCAGCGUUUUCUUCAUUUUAAGUGUCCUUUUAUGCUUGCUGUUAAUCUUGUAUAUAUUGAAGUUACCUUUCAGGUCACAGUUUUGCUUUGAUACAUAUGUUCAGUAUUACACUAUAAUCACGAUGAUGAUGAUGAUGAUGAUGAUGAUGAUGAUGAUGAUGAUGAUGAUGAUGAUGAUGAUACAGGGUUUGCAGGUUGACCUUCCAGAAUGGGACUGGAGUUCACUCAACUAUUAAAAGGUACCAAGAGCAUCGGAGGAAGUGUUACAGCUCUACACAGCUGUACUCACAUUACUCAGUACACUGUGUGUGAUAGAAUCCUGUUUUUGCUGAUGUGUACACAAUAGAAAUAGAUAAAUAACUUUUCUAAACUUUAGCUGUGACUAAAUGUUUAAAAUACUCACUUCAUAUUUGACUGAAGCUCACAUUGUGCUCAUUCCUCUCAGCAAAGCUGAGGGUCUACAGGACUGAUCCCAUGGUUCAGUGUUACAGUAAUACGCCGCUAAGCUCCUGGGGGUGAACUGAUUGUACAGUAUAUACAUAUAGAUUUGUUCUGUUUUUAUCGAUUCUUUUUUUCUCAAGAAUAUGUAAAGACAAAAGAGAAGUUCCUAUUUGAGGCGAUAUGAAACUCUUUCCAUUUGUAAGGCUGAGCAGAGUUAACAUUUUAUCAUUUCACAACGCGGAAUAAACCGAUUCAUAGUGAAUUCAGCCGAAGCUCCAUGUGAUCUGACCGAGCUCCUACUUGGUAAAAUGCGUCCGCAUUGUUAAAAUGUUAACUGAACGUCAGUCGUGGUAGAGACGAUCUGCCCAACACGUUAGGAAGCUGAAAACACUGCUCCAGUUAACAUCUUGUAUUCAGGAAGGAGGAGAACACUCCUACAACAUUUGUUGACACUGAGCUAGUCGCUGAGCUCACUGGUGCAGAAACGCUCUCUCUUCAUACACAGAUUUCAUUCCUCUUAAGUGCCUUCUGCCUUUGCAGUAAGUCUCUUUGAGCUCCUUUCUGUUGGAAACUUCAUGUUUUGCAUUUGUGUAACCACAAGCAUUUGAGAGGAAUGAUGUCACUGCAAAUUCCCAUCUCACUCCUUUACAUAUCCACGAAUUUGUAAAUAGUUUUGUUAGUUUUUUUCAUAUAGAUGUAGACAAAAAGUAGAUUCAGAAAUAUGUUAGUGCCUAAAUAUAGUGAGACUUAUUUUUGGUAAAGACAUGUAGCACUAUCAGGCAAAUGAAGAAGACACCCAAAGCAGGAUUUGUGCGUCCUCCAGUUUAGAAAAUUCAUAAUAUACUGAUUUAGUGUUUAUCCAAACGACUUACAUAGAGGUUUUUUAUUUGGGCUGUGAGCUGUCUAUCAGCCAGAAACUGAGUGUAUUUAAGUGCGUUGUAUUUUCUCACACUCACACUAACAUGUUUCUUUUCCUUUUACCCCAAAAGCGCAGGGAAUUUUAUUUUGAAACCGAUCUUUAUGUUUUUGAACGUAAUAGACAAACUUCAGAUUUACCUGAAGUCAUGCAGUUAUGAUGGAGCACUAAUUGCUCAGGCAUAAUGACUGUUUAAUAAAGCAGGGUUCAUGCAGAGUGUCAACAUGAAACAGCAAACAGGAAGACGUGACAGCCUAAACAAGUGUGCUUUGAAAUGCGGGUGGAUGUUUGAUGUUGGGGAUAAGCAGCUCACCACUGUCUUCAGCUCAAAGGUGAUUAAGAACUGAGUCAUCAUGGAAGAAAACAUGUUUUUUCUGAUACCACAUAAAGAAGAAUGUUGAUUAAAUGCCUGCUGGGGUUGUUUUAUUCAUUUUACAUCCAUUCUAUUUGUGAUUAAUAAACUCACUUCUAAUAGUAA